CACUAGUCUCAUUUAGUCACCGCAUUUCAUCGACAAUAUCACGAACUUCUCACAGUUUCUUGACAGGAUACACCCCGCCUUUCUUCAGAGCUCAUUGAUACUACCUUUUUGCCUCAUCUUAUAUAAUAACCUUUUUGCUAAACGAUGACUACAAGCGAGGACCAUGUACGGGACGCAGAACUGCAAUAUCUGGUUAACCCCCUAAAUGGCAGUCAUUUAUCAGACGGAAUUGACGGUUCAAGUCACGACAAUCGUCCACCUAUCCCGGGAUCAAGUUGCGAAAUCUACACCUUCACCGACGAAGUAAUCGUCUCCUCAACACCACCAAAAUCUCACCCAUAUCUCCUCGUCAACAUCGGCUCAGGCGUAUCAUUUUUCCAGGUCUCUGAAAGCAACCAAUGUCAGCGCAUCUCGGGCUCCUCAUUCGGCGGAUCGGCGUUAUGCGGUCUGCUACUUCUUCUCACACGAGCACGUACGUAUGAAGAUAUGCUUGAACAAGCUGAGAAGGGUAACAACGCAAAUGUUGAUAAGCUGAUUGGAGACAUUUAUGGAAUGGACUACAACAGAAUUGGAAUGAAAAUGACAGCUGUUGCUUCAACUUUCUGCAAAGCCUUCAGCUUGGAGCAUAGACCUGAUGCUGAGACUGAAGAGGCUGAAAACCCCGUGCGGGACAUCAAGUCGUUCUCAGAUGCGGACAUCUGUCACUCCUUGGUUUUCGCGGUUUUUAACAACAUCGGCCAGCUGGCUACUUUGCAUAGUCGCAUUCAUGGUAACCCGGAUAUCUAUUUCACUGGCCCUUAUGUACAGAACUGCCAGUUGCUCAUCAGAACCUUGUGCAUUGCAGUGCGCUAUUAUUCCCAAGGAGAGAAGAAGGCGCAUGUUGUAGUCAACCAAGGUGAUUUGGCUGUCUAAAGACUUGGAAAGUAAGAAUGGCAUAGUCAUGUGAUAUCAUAGCAUAAAUAAGCGAGUCAAAUCAUUAUAGAAAUUUGUAAGG